AUGAAUAUCGCACAGCCCGUCUCCUCGGAGGUGGAGAGCGUCGGGUUUACGCUGCUCACCGCCGACGAGAUCCGGGCCAUAUCUGUCAAGCGCAUCGAGAAUGAGAGCACCUUCGACAAUCUUCUCAACCCUGUUCCCGGCGGUCUCUACGACCCAGCGCUUGGUUCCUGGGGCGACUCACCAUGUACCACCUGCAACCUGAACCAAGCCUCUUGCCCCGGGCAUUCGGGACAUAUACAGCUCCCUGUCCCUGUGUACCAUCCGGUCUUCUUGGAUCAAGCAUACCGCUUGCUCCGCGCGGCCUGCGUAUAUUGCCACGGCUUCCGACUGCCCCCCAAAGAACUCCAUAAAUUUUCUUGCAAGCUGCGGCUGCUCCAACACGGCCUCAUCCAGCAGGCUCACAUGGUCGGCUCCAUCGCCGAGAAUGAGCUUGCCCUCGAUCUGCAAGGAGACCUUGGCUUGAGCGACAGCGAGGCCGAAGAAGAUGGAGCCUCUGGCGAAGCCAUCAUGCGCACUCGGGAGAAGUACGUGCAGCAGUGCCUGCGGGGAAGCAAGCUGAGGCGGGGUGAUGUGAAGAAGGGGAAGCACGAAGGUGCAACAGAGUUGCGCCGAGACGUUAUCAAAGAGUUUCUGGCCGAGAUAACCAAGAGCAGACUCUGUUCCAGCUGCGGCGGUAUCUCACCCUCGUACCGGAAAGAUCGCGUUGUCAAGAUUUUCGAGAAGUCCUUGUCCGACAAAGACAAGGCCAAAAUGGCACAAAAGAUCCUCACAUGGGACGACGCCAUGACACGAGUAUACCAGGAAACUCAAGCUCGCAAGCACGAUGGACAUACAUCUGACGAGGGCGUUGCCGACGUAUGCUCUCCGGGGCGCGGAGAUGCUGGGCAUGAACCUGCCGCACCGUUGGAAGGCAUCGUUCUGCCAGAGGCAAACUCUAGUGAAGCGGUCCCCUCUCAGAGGUACAUCAGCUCCAUGGAGGUCAAGGCCCGCCUGACGGAGCUUUUCACCAAGGAGCAAGAAUUCCUCUCGCUCUUAUACAACUCGAAGCCGCCGACUCGCAGUUCGCAAAAGGUCACCCCGGACAUGUUCUUCUUGAGCACGGUCCUCGUUCCUCCGAAUCGCUUUCGGCCAGAGGCUCGGACUGGCGAUUCUCAAAUCGCAGAGGCGCAGCAGAACGCGCUCUAUAAGUCGAUUCUGAGAAGUUGUGGGAGAAUAGCACGGAUCUACGGUGCCUUGGAGAGCGGAGAGGCGGAUCUCACCCAAAUGCAUCGAGCAUGGACUGAGCUCCAGGAAGCGGUCAACGCACUUAUUGAUAAGACCAAGAAUCCUGUUCAGGGAGCCGCCGCGAAACGCAACGAGGACGGCAUCAAGCAGCUGCUAGAGAAGAAGGAAGGUCUUUUCAGAAAGAACAUGAUGGGCAAACGAGUCAACUUCGCCGCCCGAAGUGUUAUCUCCCCAGACCCCAACAUUGAGACCAACGAGAUCGGCGUCCCUCCUGUCUUUGCAAAGAAACUCACGUAUCCGGAACCCGUUACAAGCCACAACUUCAAGGACAUGCAGCAGGCCGUCAUCAAUGGCGUUGAUAAGUGGCCAGGAGCCUUUGCCGUCGAGAAUGAAAACGGGCAAGUUAUCAGUCUUCGGAACAAAUCGGCGGAUGAUCGCAUUUCGCUCGCAAACCAGCUUCUUGCACCGACAAACACCAACGCGGCACGGAUAAGAAAUAAGAAGGUCUAUCGCCACCUCACGAACGGAGAUAUUGUCUUAAUGAACCGCCAGCCUACGUUGCAUAAGCCGUCUAUUAUGGGCCAUCGAGUGCGAGUCCUCCCUGGCGAGAAAACGCUGCGGAUGCACUACGCCAACUGCAAUACUUAUAAUGCCGACUUUGACGGAGACGAAAUGAACAUGCACUUUCCUCAAAACGAGGUUGCGCGUGCCGAGGCCCUACAGAUUGCCGAUACCGACCAUCAGUAUCUAUCGAGUACCGCCGGCAAGCCACUAAGAGGUCUGAUUCAAGAUCAUAUCUCUGUGUCUGUGGUCUUGUGCAACCGUGAUACCUUCUUCAACCGCGGAGACUAUCAUCAGUUGAUCUAUAGCGCUUUGCGGCCGGAAAGCGGCCAUAUCCUAGGCGAGAGGCUUCGGCUCGUGCCGCCGGCCAUUAUCCGACCCGAACCGAAGUGGACAGGGAAGCAAGUUCUGACAACCAUCCUGAAAAAUAUAUGCCCACCUAAUUGUGGAGGGCUGACAAUGCGGGAGGAUGCGCAAAUCAAGGCCGAUCAAUGGGGUAUCAACUCGGAGGAAGGCACUGUCCUCAUUCAGGACGGUGAAUUUAUUACCGGCAUCCUUGACAAGUCGCAGAUUGGGCCCAGUUCCGGUGGACUUAUUCACGCGAUUCAUGAGAUAUAUGGGUCAGCUCUUGCCGGAAAGCUACUGAGCAGUCUCGGUCGGCUGCUGACGAGAUAUCUCAAUAUGAGAGCUUUUUCGUGUGGCAUGGACGAUCUCGGGCUGACACCCGAAGGCGAGAGCGCACGCCGCAAGGAGCUUCUUUCUGCUGACCAGCGCCUGGAGGAAGUGGCGCGUGACGAUAGCAAGCAGGAGGGCCUCGAUCUUUUGAUGAAUAAUGGGACAAGGGAUAUCACGGAUGCCAACCAGAUGCAGGCCAUGACGACUUCAGGAGCAAAGGGGUCUAAGUUUCUCUACGGCGAAGAUGGACUCGAGGUGACCAAGCAGAAAUACUUGUCGGAUUUUAAGUUCAUUCUGCAAAAUGUUACAUCCGAGGCGGCACAACUUAGGUAUGAUCCUAAGGUGGGAGAGAACCUUGGUGCCAAUCGGGCCACAUUCGCCAAAUACAUGAAGAGCGCCGUCAAGCACGCCAAAGUCCGAGACCCCAACGCCAAGGAUCCGCUGAUUGCCAGUGUUAACCCGGCCACACACGCGUUUGCCACGUCCGAGGCCUUUUACGAUGCAAUGACGAGCUAUCUAAAGGGAAAUGGCGACGGGCUGGUGCGAGAUAAAGGCGACAAGGCCGCACAGGGUCUGUCCCGCGUGACGCUGAACCGGAAAAACGCAGAGAUGCUGUUUGCCAUGAAGUACCUCAAGUCCCUUGUCGAGCCGGGAGAGGCCGUGGGUAUCGUCGCCGGACAGUCCGUGGGCGAGCCUUCGACGCAAAUGACCUUGAACACGUUCCAUCUGGCGGGUCACUCGGCCAAGAACGUCACGCUGGGAAUUCCACGGCUCCGCGAGAUCCUGAUGACGGCCUCGAAAGACAUAUCCACGCCCUCGAUGACCCUGUAUCCUAUCAAGGAGCUGUCUUCGGAGGAAGCCGAGGUCUUCGCCAAGUCCAUCAGCGUACUUCGAUUGGAGUAUAUCUUGGACAAGGUCGAUGUCGAGGAAAGAGUCGGGCGCGGCAAGGUCAAUGAGAUGGCCAAGAUCUACAACGUGCGGUUCGAGUUCUUCCCUUCCGAGGAGUACACCAAGACAUAUGCUAUUGGCGUGUCUGAUGUCAUGGACACUGUUGAGAGAAAGCUUCUGCGGACGAUCCUCUCCCUCAUGAAGAAGGAAGUGAAGAAGGGGAGGGCGCAGGCAACAUUGGCAACUCCAGUCAUUGGAGUCAAGGCCGGGGUCGUUGAAAUGGCUGCUCCGCAGGCCGACGACGACGCUCGGGGGGGCAACGACGACGACGACGACGACGAGGGGGGCGAUGACGACGCGACCGCCACCAAGCAACGGGCUAACCGCACCGAGGCCGUGUCAUACGGCCCUAAUGACGAGGAAGACGAUGCAGUGCAGAGGGAGAACGAAAGAGACGCCAUGGCGAGCGACAUGGAGGACGAAGGCAUCGGUGGCAGUCGUCCGCCAGUGGCUCAGGGCUCAGCAGAUGACUCGGAUGCCGACGACGAUGACGAGGGGAUGGGGGAUGGGUCGUCUUGGUCGGCCAAAGCCCGCGCGGAGCGCAUCAUCAACGCCUACGCCGAAGUGACGGACUUUGAGAGCGACGAGCGGGACGGCGGCUGGUGCAACGUCACGCUCGAGUUUGACUUUUUCAUCCCCAAGGUGCUGAUGCUCAACAUUGUACAUGAGGCAGUGCGCAAGACGGUGGUGCAGCAGAUUGCGGGCGUCAAGUCGUGCAGCCUCGUCGACGAGCAGAAAAGCGGGUGCAUGGUGCUCACGGAAGGUGUCAACCUUCAGGCGAUGCAAAAGUAUAACGAUUUCAUCGACCCGAACCGGAUCCAGACGAACGACAUCGGGGCGGUUCUUGCAGUGUAUGGGGUGGAGGCUUGCCGAGGCAACAUCGUGCUCGAACUGGCGGGAGUCUUUGCAUCUCACGGCAUUAAGGUGGACAACAGGCACCUCAACCUCAUUGCCGACUACAUGACGAGGAAUGGCGGCUUCACGGCGUUUAGCCGCAUGGGCCUCAAGGGCAACGUUAGCCCGUUCACCAAGAUGAGCUUCGAGACGACGCUUGCGUUCCUCAAGGACGCGGUGCUGGAUGGCGACUGGGACGAUCUGACAACACCCAGCAGUCGCUUGGUAAUGGGCAGACUCGGCAGAGUAGGCACAGGCGGGUUUGACGUGCUGACGCAGCUGCCGACAUACCAAACGGGAUCACUUGCGUGA